CAACAGAAUCCAAACUUUAGGUUCAGACGGUUUCCUGCAAACUUUACUCAGUCAAAAUACAGCCUGUGAGGAUGAGUGCUGGACGAGCAUCUGAGGGACCUGGCUGCAUCUCCUGGUGGGGCUUCAGUCCUGCGCUCGACUUGCUGAGAACGGGCCCUGUGAGACAUGAAGAGGAGGUCAAUGUUUUACUGGUUGGAAGUGGAGAUCCCCGUCAUAUUUUGAAGACCAUUGCUGGUUUGCAGAAUGGAGAAGGCCUUCAUGUGUGGGUGAUAGAAAACAGCAUGGAAGUGGUGGCUAGACAACUGCUUCUCCUCUACCUGGCACUGAUGCCCCAGGAAAGCAUGGGACUCAAUGAGAAGACAGAGGUUUACCUUGAGGUGUUUGGGAACAGUGAGAUCCGCAGUCAAACAGAGGAAAUACUGAGACGUGCAGCAUCACAGCUCUCUCUGUGUGUUACUGAAACAAUGGAGACAGCAACACACCCUUGUCUGAACACAACUCUUCUCAAGUUCAAGGAACGAGAUGAGCUGGACAGAAUAUUCAAAUUGUGGAUCAGGCCUCAGUUUUCAUCAUCUUCAUCUGAGUCUUCUGGUCCUAUUCUCAUGUCCAAAGCCUGGGAUUAUCGGGUCAGGCAGCACCUUGGGACGCGCUACGACUCCAAGAAAGGCUGCUUCGAUUGGGACCUUACAAUGAAACUACACGAGAAAGGGUGUGGUGUCAUCAACAAACAACAAUAUGUGCAGUGGAGAGAACGGGGUUUGGCAUUCGAAAUGAGGGAAGGUGCCUACCAAAUAACCAAUGCAAGUUUGCUGUCAUUAAGAGUGUUCAGUCAGAGAGGAAACAAAGUGGCUGUGAGGGGUUACUGGGGAGACAUAGUAUCCAGUCCUUACCUCUCGUUUGGCAUUGAAACUGAUGACAAGAGCCUACUGAAGAAACAGAAUGGGCAACAUAUCAAGACAGCCCAGGAUAUCUCCUUUGCAAAUGUGCAGGCAUUGUUCCAGUCCCUGUCCAGUAGACGGGGCUGCCCCUCUACUUCUGAGCCAGACACAGAGGGAGAGGAGCCAUUAUCACAGACUGACCAAAAAUCCGUCACUAUUAAUGACUUGAUGCACCUGAAUGGGAUCUCUGUGACCUUCCUGCCUCUGGACUCACUUUACAAACUGCCAGAAAAACAGAAAUAUUCCCAAUUCUUCAACACCAUUUACUUCUCUACCAGCUGUGUGCACCAGUUGGGCCCGACGAUGAGACAGAUUGCAGCACCAGACGCUGUGGUUGUCAUGGAGUUGGCAAAGUACAUUUUGGAUCUGAACAAAGAGCAAGAAGCAGGCUUUGCAAAGAAAGUGGUGAGCAUCGCUCUGGAGGCUGGAUUUGAACCGUGGCAUGAGGGGAAGAGUGAUGACGUCCAUGCUGUUUUCAUACCACAGAAGAAGUAGACGUGCUUAAUUUCAGCACAGCCGUUUACUCUGCUCCCGUUCCCUCACUCGCUGCUGCUCAGCUCUUUCUGCCCGUCGGCUCUCCUACAAUGGAAAAAGAUAUCUCAGCCAGACACCCACAUACAGCUCUUUAAUCACUAUUAUUUUGAAUAGUCACUGUAUCCAGGCAAAUCUCUUUCAGAUAAACCAGUGGGGGAAAAGAAGGUGGGAAAACAGAAAGGCAUUACAAUCCUUUCUUUGAGUCCAAUCAGCUCCUGUUCCUCUUUCUUCCUCUGCUCAAAGUGGACAUCAAUCAGAGUCUGCAGCUCCAGAAGAUCUUUCUCCAUCCUUUUCCUAUGGAUAUCCUAACAGAGACCAGCGGAUACACAGACAAAUAUUAUUUAAUAGUCUACAGUUUUUGUUCUGUAAUUGUGUUCAUUCUUGCAUUAACAACAAUCUUGAGAGAACCUACAUCAAAGUCAACCCUCUCCCCCUCAGGGAUUUUAGGGGCAGCAAGCUGUGUAACCAGUGACCUGUAAAAUUACAUGAAGUCAUAUCAACAUAGAUGUUUUUUUUUUUUUAACUGAUCAGGUUAUUGGUUGUUUUGUUUGGUUUUUUUGCAAUGCACUUUGUGGUAAAAUAUGUGUUUCCAUGUAUUCUUACUUGUAUUUGGGGCGUUCUUCUUCAACACGACGGCCAAAACCGCAACGAAAAAGUGAACCAGUUCAUGUUUUAUAAACCACAGUUAGAUGUUAAAACCCAACAUGUAAAGGCUGUUUAACUCUAAAAGGCAUAAACGCAUUAAGAAAAUUUGAGUUACAUUCAUUACAAAACUGUACAAAUCUGUUCCCUACAAAAGGGAAACAGUAAGCUCUUGUGCUUUACCACGCAACAUAGUGGUCCCACAAACACAUAACUAAAUGCCACAUGUAAACACUGGACGGAUACUAUGUAAAUAAACAUUUUUAUCUUGGUUUUGAUGAGGACGCCAUUGUAGCGUGUAUGAGUAGGUUAUUUUCCUAUGGAUAGGUCAAUACAGUUCAGCGUGACAGUCUCACCUCCCUCUCCCUGCUCCUCAUCUUCCUCUGGAGAAACAAAGAGUGGCAGAGUGACUGAGUGGAGGGAAGCGAUGAAACUGCUAGAUGUAUUAAAUGAAAGAAUGAAUGUCCUUACCCUCCUGAUGCACUCUAAAUGAAAAAGAAUUGAAAAGAUACAUCAGACACGCUAUGAAGCAGAAGCUCAUGUAUUAUAGCUGUAGAAAUGUUUAUGAAUGAGAAAUAAGUAAACUGGCAGGACUGGACUGACUCACCCAUGAUCUUCUAAAUCAGACAUGGUGAUACUAGAGAGAAAGAAGAAGGUAACAGCUGUUUAAAUUAGUAGAAUACUUCUUAAAUAUACAAUGCAUAAAAUUGUCUCCUGACAUAAAAUUGGCAGCUAUAGUUUGUCUGAUAGUAGCUUCUUUCUGCAAGUUUACAUAAAUAGCAGGAUUUCAGCAGCAUACAUAGAUCAAGUACAGGGUUUUUUUUUAACAACUUUAAAGAUAGAUUAUGUCAAUUUUGAAAGAGUAAAAAACAAAAUCUUCCACUUAUAAAUGAAACGUUUAAUUCACAAGCAAUAAAUCGAAAUGUUACUCCAGUCAAUACACUGAGGAGCUUUGCAGCUACAGCCUCUUUUGGUCUGGUAAGACCUGUGGCUUAUGGUAGCGAACGUUACGGUAACUUUAUGUAGAAAUUGCUGUGUAACUGUCAUGGUUAUGUUUCUUUUCCAUUUGUGCCACUGUUACACAACAUUUUAGCUCAGUCAGGUCGACUAAUGAUGAUGUGUUUAAAGAAUCUGACUCGAAAAUAUUGGGAAAUAAAUAGAAAUUCAACAUCC